GAGGUUUCCUAGGCCAACUAUUCAGAGCUACUGCCAAGACCAGGUCAAGCCCAUUAAGAACUUCUUUAUCUGUGUGUCUAGAAAUAUUCAAAGGAUGAAACAUUUAAAGCUACUGCUUUGGGUGACCUGUUCCAGUACUGUCCUACUGCUUAUUCAUAGCUAAGUCUCAAGUGUAAAAAUAAGUGGUUUGACUCAUGAAUUCUCUUCUCUAAAUGGUGGCAGUUAUUGCACUUGUUGGACUUGCAAUAUGGAAGCCUUAUCAAGUACAUGAACUAACUAAUAAUUCAUAUUUCUUUCCCCUAGCCCUUCUGUGCUUGCCAACCUACAUGCGUGCAGUGGUAGACAGACACUAUCUCCAGUCCCAGGGCUACUCAGUGGGGAGCAUCAGCCUGGCAGACCCUCAGUGCAGACCAGAAAUUACAUCAACUGAGGUUAUAUUCAACAUUUCAUACAGCAGCUGUGGUACUCAUAGACAGGGCAACAACGAAACGAUCACCUACUCCAACGUGAUUAAAGUGCCUGCUCCUGGUGGAGUCAUCAAGAGGCAGAAGGACCUUCACCUGCACAUCCGCUGCAAAAUGUUGCAGAACACCUGGGCUCAAGUCAUGUACAUCGCUGGCGAUGUCACCGACGUCAACGAAACCCAGUACGGCAGAUACGACGUGAAGCUGAUGUUCUACAACUCCUCAUCCUUCCAGUGGCCAGUGCACGACUUCCCAUACUAUGUUGACAUGAACCAGAAUUUGUUCCUCGAAGCUUCUCUUCACAGCUCUGACCACAAUCUGACGGUGUUUGUGGACACGUGUGUGGCAUCGCCUAAUUCGAGUGAUUUUAGGACACUGGUCUAUGAAUUGACCAAAAGUGGGUGUGCCAGUGACUCCUCGUACGCCCUUUUCCCGUCGCCGCGCAGAGACGUCGCUCGGUUUGGGUUCAGCGCCUUCUCCUUCGUGAGGAGAUUCCCGUCCGUGUUCCUGCGCUGCGAGCUGGUGGUGUGCAGGUACCAGGACUUCUCCUCCCGCUGCUACCAGGGCUGUGUCAGCAGGUUCAAGAGGGAUGCAGACUCUUCCCAUAAACGAGUGAAUGUUGUUGUUGGACCCGUGCAGCUUCGGGAAGCUCACGCUGAGAACAGGAACAUUGAGCUGGCCUCUGACAUCCAGGCAAAAGGGGAGACUCUGAGCUCAGUGCCUGCUGACAGCUCUCAUGUUCCUCCCGUGUGACCACCGUGGUGCUGGUAGCUGCUGCUCUCACAUUGGCAGGAUUUCUUUGGAAGCAGAAACUGCAGGAGGCCACCCCAUACCAGAAACUGUGAGAGGCAUCUCCAGGCAUGGAGGUGGAAGGACACUUUUAUCAGGCACCUGUUUCCUUGUUUGGGUUUGCAAUCUGUGUGAAGGGCAGCUCUUAUUUGACUAUUCCACCAUCCAGACCAUGUUUGAAGAAUCAAGAUUACACCUGAAGUUACCAUGAGCUGAAUUUAUAAAGAAAUCUGAUUUUAAAAUCUAGGUGUAAAGAAAUAAGGUGUAAAGAAGGAUUGAUUCUUUCAUCCCAGCAUCCAACAUGUAUCUUCAGUGCUGGACAUUUGAAAGCUUUUCUGCUGAACUCCUCACUGAGUGUCUGG